AUGAAUACGAGGGCUAACCAAAGGAGAGCGGAAGGGGAGUUAGGUGAUGAGGGAGUUCCUCCCCAAGUUGUGCAAAAUGGUCUAGGUGUGCAAUGCAAUCAAGUUCUUAUAGGUGAGCAAGAGAAUGAGGUUCCGGUGGUUCCCCCGGAUAUGACCAAUGAAGAGAUUAGGUCGGCUCUCUUAAUCUUGGCCCGAGCCAUGGCGGCUCAAGCGACUAGAGAUAUGGGGCCUAAGGUGAAUGCUAAUAAGGGUACUAUGGCUUCUAAGUUGAGAAACUUUGUCAGGAUGAAUCCUCCGGUGUUUUUAGGUUCUAAGUCCAAACUUAAGAGGAUGAAUAGGGGUGUGAAGAGGGGUAGAUUGGAUGAGCAAGGUCAAUCUAGAUUCAAGAAGAGGAGUCAAGACCAAGAUUCUUCAAGUGCUCCUAAGGUUAACCAAGAAAAAAAUGGUGGAUCUCAAUUUUCUAAACCUACUUGCGUCACUUGUGGCAAGAGGCACUAUGGGAAGUGCCUAGCCGGUACUAAUGGGUGUUAUGGUUGUUGGAAGAAUGAUCACAAGGUGAAAGACUGUCCUACUCUUACGGCUAGAGGAAGGGAAGCCAAGCAAGCUUCUAAAGAUGGAACGGUUCCUAUCCCUCCAAAUUAUGGUCGUUUCUAUGCUCUCCAAGCUAGCAAGGACAAAGAAGCUAAUCCGAAUAAAGGUGCCGGUAAAUUUUAG